CGAGUAAAUUAUAAAGUGCUAGUAUCUACUUGUUAUACGUUAGCUCUGAAUCUGGCGGCGGUGAAGCGGACCUGAUCUAAGCUGCACCGGUCUGCACCUGCACCUGGUCUUGGCUAGCUGGCUAGCACCGGCGUGGUGGAUAGGAGACGAAGCCACCGCUAUCAAGUAGCAGUUCGUUAGUAUCAUAUCGGUUAAAAUGGCGGAGGAGUUCAACUGCCGGUCAUAUCCGUUAGUGGGCUGCGACAAUUGCAGCGCCAUGGUGCCCUCAUGUGACAUGGAUGACCAUCUGCAGAACAUUUGCCGCCACGUGAAAGUGCCGUGCUGCAACCGCGCACAGGGCUGCACAGUUCUGGUGAAGCGGCAUCGCAUGAGCGCGCACUUGGAAGCGUGUCCUGUGUCGGCGGUCGUCUGUGCAAAGUGCAUAGAUAAAUUUUCAGAAGGUGACAGGAGCGAGAGAUCAAGGUUUGGUGCGGACUAUCGCUGUGUGUUUCGCCGUGAUGAGAUUCUACGCCAUUACCAGGACGUACACGAUACCAUGGAGGCACGGGAUGCACAGCGCUGCGAGUGCCCGUGGAAGGAUUCCGACGACUGUCAUCGGUGCGAGGAUCGCCUGGUGCCAUUCAACAGAGACUGGACUGUUCACACGUUCCCAGAUGGCGUGGAAGUUGUCGCACCAGUGUCCUCUGUACAAGCUGCUGAUGCUGGCGAGAAAGGCACUGAUGAGCAGACUGACGAAAGAACGGAGACACCGGAGGUGGAGGAGAGACGUCCACCUCUGCACCGGGGCCUGUCGAAAGAAGACGAGCUGUCAUUUUACGGUUACGAAAGUCACGAGAUUGUUGGCGAUAGCGCAGAGAGGGGAGUGCGUGUGCCCAGACAGCUAAGUCAGGCUGCUGAAUUAGCCAUGUAUGGGUAUGACUGUGAAGAAUCCACGCUUUCCACCGACUCCUACCUAUCGGGAGUGGACAGUCCAUUGCUCGACAUACCGGAAGAGGUCUUGGACAUGAUACUGGCAAAGCUGGACGUGUACAGUCUGCGACAAGUCUCGCUAACCUGCAACUAUCUGCGCGACAUCUGCUGGGAGCUGGUCAAAAAGCGCGGCGUCAUGCAGUUGAAAUGGGAGAAAUCCGGCGACGGAUGGGUACAAAAAGGCGAGAUAUGGCACUUCAGCACUUUCACGACCUACGUGGGAAAAGAAAACUGGGUGACGGUGCCAGACUUUCUGCGCAUGGCCGAUCACUCGUCAAAGCAUUCCGAAUCACGACGAGCAGACCUCGUGGCCAAGGAGAAGGAGCAGGUUUGGGCACACAUCCAUCCGUGAACACCGUACGCUGGCUUGCAUGUUCAAGUUGCUGGUCAGUGAGCUGGUCAGCACACUGUUCCUGUUGCGGCUGCUGCUGUGUAGAAGACACCAGGGAGUAGUAUUUUUACUACUAAGGGAGUAGUAUUUUUACUACUCCCUGGAAGACACUCUGCGGCACUGGCAACAUGGAGACAGUUGGCAGGAAGACAGAAUGGUGCCAGUCACGUAACAUGCCAGCUCAGUAUUGAGAGUCUGCACAAGUACUUUACAUCUUAUAGUCUAAUACUGAUAACGUGUCUGAUUGAUUUUUUCCCAAAGAUCCCUGCUAGGCAAACACUGCAUGUCACAGAACAUCCGGUGCCUAGAGCUGAUCAUGUAGAGAUUCUCCAUGAUGAGAAUGUGCUGUAGUAUAUGGCGUGAAGUAUAACUGUUAGUGAAGGAAAUUGCACUAGUGAUACAUACCGGUAUGCAAAGCUUAUAAUUUCAGAAGUUUUCCAGAUUUGCUGCUUUCGACCCAGUGCUGUUCUAUUCUACUUGUGUUAUGUUGCAAUCAUGAAUUGUGUUUAGAUUAUAUACUCCUUGAUUGAUCCUUGA